AUGUCCUUCCCCAGCCUUGUCUCCGGAGGUGCCGAAUGCGGACCCUCCAACGCCAUGACUGGACUCGUCAAGAACUUUUCCAGAGACAGAUCCCUCCAGCAGGAUCGCUUUGCAUCAAGUCCUCGCAAUGCCGGAAGCAGUUCUUCGGGAUUCCGAACCAACCGUCCAGGGCAGCAGCAUGGAAGUGAUCAGUUUUCUCAAGAGUUUUUGCAGGCUCAGCAGGGGGGCUCGCAAGAGUUUUUCGAAUUCAACGAGAUGGGCAAGGAACUGGAGGGAAUUCACCAGCAACAGCAACAGCACCAUCAUGCCCAGACCGCCUCUCCAGCAGGACCCGACUGGGCUCUGGACUUUAUGCAGCAGAGCGGACCUGGACCCCAGCAACACCAAGAGUUCCAUAACGAUGCCCAAUUCCAGGAGUUUGAGAAUGUUUUCCGGAACGCACAGCAGCAGCAACAGGGACCACAGCACGGAGCUGGUUGGCAUGCCGAGUUUGCUGCGUUUGAGCAACAGCACGGUGGACUGAAUCAUACCCUCCAACCAGAGCAGAUCGAAGCCUUUGAGCGGGCCUUUGAGGAUGCCAAAAAGGUCAGCGAGUGGGAGUCCGAGUUCAAGACAGAGAACCCCCAGGGCUGGGCCGAGGAGUUUGCGGCUCAAGAGAGCAACCCUGUCGCCGAUCUCGAGAACAAGGAGGCCCUGGCCAAGACUGCAGGACUUUUGCUCGAAUCUGUCGACCCCAACUCGAACGAAAAGUUUAAGAACUCGUCGUUCAUGAACUUUAUGAGACGUCUCCGUGACCAGGAGGUAGCAAUUGAGGGCAACAAGCUAGUCGAACAGACAACUCCCGUCGCGGCGUCCGGCGACUGGGCUGCCUCCUUCAACCAGCAGCAGGACAAGGGCAAGGGCCGAGCCGGAGAUUGGUCGUCUGAGUUUGAAAGCCAACAAAAGCAGCAGGACGGAGGAAGCACAUGGUCGACCGAUUUUGAGAAGCGUAUUGAGCAGCAUAUCAAGAACCGUGAGCCCGGCGGAAUGUGGUCGAGUGAGUUUGCCAAGCAGCAGGAAGGCAGCUGGGCAGAAGAAUUUACCGGAGUGACACAGGCCGUAGGUGGUGGAGACUGGGCACAGCAGUUCAACAACACACGACAGGAUACCGCACAAGACUGGGUUCAAGAAUUCAACUCUUCGAACGCAGCAGAGGAAUUGGAGCAGGCGUUCCAACAACAGCACCUCCAAAACGAUCAGAACGAUAGCUGGGUCGACACCUACCGCAAGAACAUUGCUCACCUAGCUCAGGAUCCCAGCGACAAGGAGUGGGACGCAUUGCAAAAGGACUGGGAGAAGCACGAGACGACAGGAUUGGGCUACAAGGCCUCGGACCCACGGUAUCAGCACUAUGCCUUUGAGCAGAACAACCCCUACAUGGUGGCUGACCCUGCCAAGUUGAUGGAUUUGGCAGCCAGGGGUAACCUCACAGAGUCCAUUUUGGCUCUUGAGGCUGCAGUUCAAAAGGAUCCCACAGAUGCCGCCGCCUGGCACCAGCUGGGUCUGCGCCAACAGGAGAACGAGCGUGAGACGAUGGCCAUCGCUGCGUUGCUCAAGGCUGUCGAGGCCAACCCCAAGGAAUUGAACGCUUGGUUGGCACUGGCUGUUUCUUACACUAACGAAAACUGCAGAGUCGACGCCUACGAUUCUCUGCAAUCCUGGGUUGAGAACUCGGAUUUAUACAGCGGAGUCAUGAAGUCUGUGCAGGGCGGUCAGGGACGUUCGGCUCAGGAGAGGCACGAUUAUGUGACGGGAUUGUUCUUGGAGGCCGCCCGGACGAACCCUGGUGAGAACUUGGAUCCCGAUGUCCAGGUCGCCUUGGGUGUUCUUUUUAAUGUCUCUGAGGAGUACGAGAAGGCCGUCGACUGCUUCCGCGCCGCACUGAACCUCCGGCCAGAUGACUACAUGCUCUGGAACAAGUAUGGUGCUACGCUCGCCAACUCUCACAACACGAGCGCCGCCAUCGAGGCUUACUUCAACGCCCUCAACAUCAACCCAUCCUAUAUCCGUGCACGGUAUAACCUCGCCAUUGCCUGCAUCAACCUCGGUCAACACCGUGAGGCGGCCGAGCACCUGUUGAGCGCCUUGUCUUUGCAGAAUGCUGGCGAUGCUGCAAGAGGUCUCAUGGUCGGAUCGUCGACAGCUGGUCCCCAGCCUGAUGGCGGUAUUGGCGGCAUGUCGCAGAAUGUGUGGGAGACCUUGAAGAUGGCCAUGUACAUGUUGGGACGGUCGGAUCUUGCACAACGUUGUGAGACGACUAGAGACCUGGAUGCCUUCAGGGACGAGUUUGACUUUUAA